CGCUGCUAUGACAUAACAGAACUUGAGAGCCUAGAAAGGCUCGAGGCGCGUUUGGGCGCGUGCAUUGCUUAGAAGCAGCCGCCAAUAGCGGAAGCGAAAGGGAUUCUAGUCAGUUCGCCCUGAGGCUUGUCUGACAGGUUAUGGACAGGACGCCGCUGAAAAGUCGCAGCAUAAACAGAAAGAAUAAUGAAGGAUAUUAACUUGAGUCUGACCGACACGAGCAUGAAACCGCACCUUCGAGACACCGACGGACUCCUGGGCUCCCCGGACCUGGGUCUGCUUAAACUGUCCUCACCGGAGCUGGAGAGGCUGAUCAUUCAGUCGAACGGGAUGGUCACCACCACGCCGACUAGCUCCCACUUCUUGUACCCCAAAACCGCCACGGACGAGCAGGAGUUCGCUGAGGGCUUCGUGAAGGCGUUGGAGGACCUCCACAAGCAGAACCAGUCAACAAGCAGCAGCCUGGAUCUGGGCGUCAACAUCGCGACGCAGCUGGACCGACCCGUGUAUACAAACCUGAACAGUUACGACAGUGGGCCUUUGGGAACCACCGUCAACUACUCAACGGACACGGUCCCCUUCCCUCCGCCGCCGCCGCCGCCGCCGUCUCAUCAUUUCGGUACUCCACCGUCGGUAGAGCCGGAGCUUCACCGCGUCCAGCCGUCCAAGGAGGAGCCUCAGACGGUCCCAGACGUGCAGAGCUUCGGGGAGAGUCCACCGCUGUCUCCCAUCGACAUGGACUCACAGGAGCGUAUCAAGGCUGACCGGAAGAGGCUCAGGAACCGCAUCGCGGCUUCCAAGUGUCGGAGACGCAAGCUGGAGCGGAUCUCCAGGUUGGAGGAUAAGGUGAAGACGCUGAAGAACCAGAACACCGACUUGGCCUCUACGGCUAGCGUCCUCAGGGAGCAAGUGGCGCUGCUGAAGGAGAAAGUCCUGACCCACGUCAACAGUGGCUGUCAGCUGCUGCCACAUGAGGUUCCGGUGCACUAGAAAGGACAUGAAGUGUUGUCACAUGCCUUCAUCUAUCACGAGGCAGCUUUAGCACUGGAUUUUGGAUCAAAUUGGCUUUGUUUUUGUAUUAUUUAAGUGGACACACAUAAGACACAGGCUGUGCAGGAAGACGCAUACAUUCACAUUUGACAUGGAAUUACCGUCAUGACCUCAAUAUAAAAUGUAACACGACAAACUACAGUCAUAAAUAUGUAUUUGAUUACUCUGCUGUAUUGAUCGUUUGCAUGUUGUUUACAACGUGGAAUGUAGCCCACAGCUGAGUGUCUUAUGGUGCAAUCGGUCAGUCAAAUUACCAUCAUGCAUUCUUUCAAGUUGUAUUAUUUAUUUAGUCCAGUGUGUUCCCUUUUCAUUGUUGUAGUGACUUGAAGCCCACGGCUGAAAAUGUGUCGUGAAUUAAAUUGAGAUCACAAAUAAAUGCUGUAUGUUCAGUACUUUCAUUUCAUAGACUUUUAAAUGA